ACCACUCUGUACCCAAAGCCAUUUACCUAGGAGAGAGGGCUUCUGGUCUCUGGCAACUAUUCCCAACAGGAACAAAAAGAACAAUGCUGUGGCCGGCAUCCGUGUGAAAUGAAGUCACAGAGCAGAGGAACUACAGGGGCUCCUCAUUCGUGCUUUCAAAGAGCAGACUUGGGCAGUCGCCACCGGGAAAGGACUCCGAAUCCUGAGGAUCAGGGGCCGAGCAGCAGAGAAAGACUAUGGAUUCUGAAUCAAAGUGCAGGUUCAUAGGAAGCUCUCUUCAGCCGUCGGAUAAAAUGCAUCCUGCAACCUUUGCUUCUAAAGAACCCGAGGAGGUGGCAGCUGUUGCUGGUGACGGGCUAUCACCUCUCCCCAGCAACCAAGCUGUGGUGUCGGCCCUGAAAACCCUCCAAGAGAAGAUCCGCCGCCUGGAGCUGGAGCGGUCGCAGGCUGAAGAGAACCUGUGCAGCCUCUCCGCAGAGGCAGCUCGGUAUAAGAAGGCCCUCGAGCAGGAAUGCUACAAAAAGGACAUCUCACAUCAAGACCUGAUGCAACAGAGGAAAGAUAUAAGUGUGCAGUUAAAUGCAGCACAAUCCCGCUGCUCCCUGCUGGAGAAACAGCUGGAUUACAUGAAGCAAAUGGUUUCCAGUGCAGAGAUGGAGAGAAAAAUGGUUUUAGAACAGCAGACUCAGCUUCAGAAGGAGAAAAAUCAGAGCCGGGUGGAGUUGCAUGCGAAACUUGAAAAGCUUGACGUGCUAGAAAAGCARUGUCUCAAACUUACUGCUACUCAGAGGAUUGCAGAAGACAAGAUCAAACACUUAGAAGAAAAGCUUUGUAAAGAGGAACAUCAGCGCAAGCUAAUACAAGACAAAGCUGCUCAGCUUCAAACUGGGUUUGAGAUAAAUAGAAUUUUGUUGUCUUCGGUUUCAUCUCAAAAUGAACCCCAAAACAAAAUUAGAAAGAAGAAGAACACUAAGAAGAAAAAUCCUGCUGUGAAGAAAAUGUGCCUUCCACAAUUUCACGUUAGGGCUGGUGUGCUACCUUUUGUGGCUGGGAAGUCUGCCAGCUCCAGCCACUCUGUCAGUGCAAACGUACAAAGUGUGCUGCAUAUUAUGAAGCAUCGCAACCCUCGUUGCUCAUCACGAGGCCAGGAGGGAGCUGCAAGUGGAAGUUCAAGACAAACUGUUGCUUCAAAGUCUGUAUCUUCUUGUUCCACGUCGUCUGCUGUCACCAGGAAUCUUUCUGACAUUCUGUUGGCCAUAGAAGAUGAGCUGGGCCAAAUGAGCUUGGAACAUCUAGAACUCUCAAAGCAGAUACAGGAAACUCACAACUCUGAAGUUCGUGAAGACCUAGAACAGCAGCUGGAUUGCCUUGUGAAAAAAAUGGAGAUCAAAGGCGAGCAAAUAUCCAAACUGAAAAAGCAUCAGGCUAGUGUAAGAAAAAAUCUCCAGAAAAUAAAGCAGAAAACGCAAAAAUUGAAGCAAGAGGCAGCACACGUCAAACUAAAAUGUGGUGACCAAAAGGAAACAAAGGAAAGUCAAGUUGCUAAAGGGGAAAGUAAGCCUAAGGCUUGUCCUGGACAGAAAAGCAAAAGCUCUCUCCGGCUCUUAAAAAAUGUGCAGAAACUUCAGUCUACACUGAAAAGAGAUGAUAUCAKGUGGGAGCAAUAAUUGUAAAACCUUCCACGUUAAAAGCCUUUGAAGUUGCCUAGAAGCUAGUCAGUUUUGAAUUUCAUUAAGUGGCUUUUAAAAAUAAAAUAGAUAUAGCAUUUUGCAUUUGAAGCUGCCUYGAUGCUAGUAGGUCUGUUUGUUCACCUCAGAAUCAACUCUCAUGUAGCCUGACUCUAGUUCCACUACACUGACUUAUAAUAAAGCAUUUUUAAUGUAUUUAUGAAGUGCAUACUUAUUACUGUGUCAAAUAAAGCUUGGUACCUAUUUUACACUUAAAAUGUUAUUUUAACAAUCUGUGAAUUUACCUCUGUACCCCCAAGACUUUUCCAGUGCAACCUCAACCAGUGCUCCCAUUCCAAUAAAAGGGAUGGGAUUUUUU